UAUUUUCCAGCAGCAAAAUUAACCGGAAAUAAACAAAAAUCCGAUUGGAAUGUUUGAAACAGCUGUAGUUUAGCUUACUUAGCUAUGAACUGAAGACUAACUAGCUAAUGCUACAUAUUUAUUGAAAAUGCAGGUCAACCUCAACGUGAACGCGCAUCAUAUAAACACGUACAGAGGUUUCUGUGAGGGCGCGCGCUGACAGCAACGUGCACGAGGAGUGCUGACACCCGAGUGGUCCGGUGUAAAUCACUGCAAUGGCAGAGGAGUAGGGGAGGGUGGAGGACACCGGCUACAGCCCUGCCUUCUCUACAGCAGAGUAAACACACGACAGGCAAGCAGACAGAGCACCAUCACAGAAGCAACAAAGGGACGCAUGGUUCAUAAGGCAUCAAAUGAAUAAAUGAUUCAUUGAGACAAGUUCGCUAACAGAUAUACGUUCUAUUGCAUCUGUCCUCACCUCAAAGGUAUAAUAGCACUGCACAGUCAUGGAGCUGGAGCACUUUGAUGAGCGGGACAAGGCUCAGAGAUAUACCCGAAGGGGCUCAAGAGGGAAUGGACUCCCCAGUCCCACUCAUAGCGCUCACUGCAGCCUGUACAGAACCAGGACACUGCAAGCACUGAGCUCAGAAAAGAAGGCCAAGAAGAUUCGUUUCUACCGCAAUGGGGACCGCUACUUCAAAGGGAUUGUGUAUGCCAUUUCUCAGGAGAGAUUUAGGUCCAUAGAAGCACUCCUGGCUGACCUCACAAGAUCUCUAUCAGAUAAUGUCAACUUGCCACAAGGGGUGCGGACCAUAUAUACCAUUGAUGGGACAACAAAGAUCACCAGCAUGGACCAGCUGGUGGAAGGGGAGAGCUAUGUUUGUGCAUCCAUAGAGCCCUACAAGAAGGUGGACUACACAAAGAAUGUAAAUCCCAACUGGUCUGUUGGUGCUAGGACUGCUGUGUCCAUCCGUGACCCUUCUUCCCUUGGUAGUGCCAAGACUGGAUGCCCAGAAGCCAAGGAGAGCAAGGACUUUAUUAAGCCCAAACUGGUAACCAUUGUCCGCAGUGGAGUAAAGCCUCGCAAGGCUGUACGGAUCUUGCUCAACAAGAAGACUGCACACUCCUUUGAGCAGGUCAUGACUGACAUAACAGACGCCAUUAAGCUGGACUCUGGAGUCGUCAAAAGGCUGUAUACUGUUGAUGGCAAGAUGAUUGCCUGCCUUCAGGACUUUUUUGGGGAAGAUGAUAUUUUCUUUGCCUGUGGCCCUGAGAAGUUCCGUUAUCAGGAUGACUUCAACUUGGAUGAAAGUGAAUGCAGGGUGGCAAAGUCAGCAUCAUAUGGCCGGCUCCCCUCUUUGCAGGGUCGCUCUUCCCCAAGAGGUGGCGGGAUGUCCCGCAGGAGCAAGUCUCCGUCAUCCACUGGUUCAGCUAAUGGCACAGCAGGCAGUCAGCUGUCCACACCUCGAUCUGGAAAGUCUCCAAGCCCCUCUCCAACCAGUCCAGCUAGCCUCCGAAGACGACAGGGUUCUCAACACAGUGGCUCUUCACUCUCUUUAGCUUCUACCAAGGUUUGCAGCUCAAUGGAUGAAGGAGAUGGGCCUGAAGCUGAGCCAAUGGAUGAGUACCCCUCAGUCCCUGCUUCCAUAACGGAAAGGUACAAAGUGGGGAGGACUUUAGGGGAUGGAAACUUUGCUGUGGUACGGGAGUGUGUGGAGCGAUGCACUGGAAGAGAGUACGCUCUGAAGAUCAUCAGCAAAGAUAAAUGCAGGGGAAAGGAGCACAUGAUCCAGAGUGAAGUGUCAAUCCUUCGGCGUGUGAAACAUCCCAACAUCGUACUUUUAAUUGAGGAAAUGGACACCCAUAGUGAGCUCUAUCUUGUAAUGGAGUUGGUUAAGGGGGGCGAUCUCUUUGAUGCAAUCACCUCCUCUAACAAGUACACAGAGCGAGACGCCAGCUCUAUGCUGUUCAAUCUGGCAAGUGCCAUCAAGUACCUGCACAGUAUCAAUAUUGUCCACAGAGACAUAAAACCAGAAAACCUGUUGGUGUAUGAACACCACGAUGGUAGUAAAUCUCUGAAGCUAGGUGACUUUGGCUUGGCUACCGUCGUCAACGGGCCCCUCUAUACUGUGUGUGGCACGCCCACCUAUGUAGCACCAGAGAUCGUCGCUGAGAUGGGGUAUGGCCUCAAGGUUGACAUUUGGGCAGCUGGUGUCAUCAUGUACAUACUGCUGUGUGGCUUUCCUCCUUUCCGUGGCAGUGGUGAAGAUCAGGAGGCUCUCUUUGAACAGAUUUUGAGGGGCCUACUUGAUUUCCCUUCACCAUACUGGGACAAUGUGUCUGACACUGCUAAGGCUCUGAUCACUGGGAUGCUGCAGGUAGAGGUGGAUCAGAGAUACACAGCUGUGCAGGUGCUCGAUCACCCCUGGGUUAAUGAUGAUGGUGUGUCAGAGAACGAGCACCAGCUGCUUGUGGCUGGGAAGAUCAAGAAGCACUUCAACACCGGGCCCAAGCUCAACAGCACCACAGCUGGAGUGUCAGUCAUUACAACCACGGCACUUGAUAAGGAGAAGCAAGUUUUCAGACGAAGACGCCACCAGGAUGUGAAGCUCGCUCCCCACCUCCCACACAGUAUCGGUGCUGGUGCCUCCCACAGUGCCAACCCUGGCCUCUCCCCCGUUGGGCUCACCUCUGAGUCUGAGGACUAUUCCCCAGUUUCUGCUGACACUGUCCAUUCACCCACCUCUCCAUUCUAACAGCCUUCCUGAGGCUACGGCACCAUCCAUCCCUCCAUGAAGAAGUGGGAAAGGGUGGAGUGCAUAACAAAAAACAACAACAUUGGGUUCACUCUGCUGACUUGGACAUUAUGUACCUAUUUUUCCCCCCACUCAUAACACUUUUAUUUUAAUUACAAAAUGUGUUGAUCCGAGUACACCUUAAGAGCGCACACAUUUAAAAAAAAAAAAAAAAAAAAAAAAAAAGUCUUUAAAAAAGUCACCAAACUGUUUAAGCCUCCUUUCUACACAGCAAGCACUGGUUCAUUGUAGUACUUUAGAGCCCUCUACUGGUUUAUAUUGUAUACUGCAGGAAAGACAACCUCCUUCAUGAAGCACUUAGCUUUUUAAUGGAAAGUGUAAAUGGAAAACACUGAAGACCUUAGCUUCUAAAUAUUAAAUUACAUGAUUUUGUGAUAUGACAUGUUCAGUACAAAUCAGUUAUCAUACUUAUUUAAACACUAACUCUUGUUAUAACUCACUCAAUACAACAUUUGUGUAACAGUCACCUUUCUCCUGUACUGUUAUGACAUCUAGAUUACACUGCUGUGGUACUUAAGGUUCCGGUGCAUAAACCUUAAACUUAAGAAACUGAAAACACAUGCUGCUAUAUUGUACCAUAAGCAUUAUCUGUACUGAACAGAUUUUUCUGUGUAGGACAAAUAUUGUCCUGCCACCCAGUAGCUCGCUUCUUUAAGAUAAUUGAGGGUGCUAAUGUUUGACUGUUGAUGGUUAUUGAAACAGUAGUUUUGUUACAUGUCUGUGAGAGUGGUUGUAAUGCAGUGGUGGUACACAGAUGAAUGUCAGUGCUGUGUAGCAUGUUUAAAGCCUUGCCUUGGCACAUAUGGAUUUAAGUGCAAUUAGGUGUACUGCCCGAUGAGCACAGUAUUUUUAAAUGUGUCCUUCGAAAUGCUGGAAUGAGUGAGAAUGGAUCUGUUGCAGGUGUUAUUGGCAGCCAACUGACACACUUCGCUAUUAGAUGGGGCAAUUAGCUCUUGUGUAACAUUGAUUUUUUUUUUUCACACACUGAAAUAAGAAACUAGUUAAUGUUAAUAAACACAACAGUGCUUCCAGUAAAAUCCAUUAUUUUAAUAUUUGUUCAUUUAGUCAGGAUAGGAAUAGUUGGAUUUUUUUAAAUAAUCAGAUCAAACAACAUGAAGUCAGAAGUCUGGCUCACAAGACAUAUACUGUAUGUCCUCUGACCACUUCAUAUUGGUUCACUAGAUGCCAACUAUUCAUGAAUGUGAAUGCACUCUUCCCUUCAUUAGAGACUGUAACCUGCAUGUGUGCUAAUAUGCAUCCUAAAUCAGUUGUUCUGGUCUUCUACUGUUUGAUAUACGCCUGUCUGAUGAAUAUGAAAACAUUUCUGUUGUCAUUGUACGUACUGUCUUGGUGAAUGCAAUUUAGUUAAAGCAGACUAUAGUCAUACCACAGCUGAGUUAAGACUUGUAUAUACAUAUUUAAACAAAUGUAACAUCACACCACUGACUUUGUUGUUAACAGGAUUUUAAGUUUUUGACUAGAAUGGAGUGAACCAAAAAGCACAAGGAAGUUGUGAUGUUGUACAUUUCGCUUUCCCCAGACUGUCUGGUUUUCAUCAUCUGAAAAACAUGUAAUGUUUAUAUACAGUUUGACAAAAUGGUACUCAAAGACAACUGGGAAUGUCAGUGUUAUGUGGAAGCAGAUGGAGAAUGUGAAUGCUGUAUUAUAUUCAUCCAUAUUACAUUCAUGUAAGGACAUUGUAAAACAAUCUAAAUAAGAACAAAAAACAGUAAUACACUUCUUUUCAAUUCAUGAGAAAAAAUCUAUUGCUAUGGUUAAAGCAAACUUCCACCAAUGUACUCUGGAAAGAAACCAAACCUGGGAAUAAAAAGGAUUUAAUUAA